CGGAUUCAGCACGACUUCUCGACCAAGACCCGACGGUAUUGCCAGCAUUGGAUGGCUCCUAAGCGAAAGCGCACAGAUGGCGAUUCUUCAGACGACGACGAGCCAAGUGCGGGCAAACAGGUACUGCCCGUUGCCAAUCUACCAGAGGACUUCGAUGGCGUACCGAUGGAUGGGUUGCAGUACCUUUUCACUGUUCGACGUGAUGCUCGCACGCUGCCUCAUGUCACGCGAGUUGCGAAUCCCUAUGAGGUGAAGGUCGAAGUGUCUGCUGCAGCUGCAGCCAGCGACCAGAUGAGCACGCCUCACCCUGGAUUACCUUCUGAAGAAUGGCGGGAAUUAUUUCUUAGGCGCUUCAGGAACUUCCGCAAGAAUUCGAUACAACCAUCUAUACAUGUCGAUACUUCUACAUCCAGCUCCACGACGAAGGUAAUUCCUGACAUGAGAGACCGCGACCGUUGGUGGCUCUUCCUGGCGGGGCGGCCAUCUUCUGAGUGGAAUCCCCCCAAGCAACCAAAUAGAAACGACAGAGCGAGGAACAACUCGUAUCACUCGUAUGGUGGAGGCAUGCGGGGAUAUUCAGGGUAUCAAAACACUACGCCUCUCGUCUACAAUGAUCAUAGGACUGCAUUCUCGACAGUUCCACAUGAGACCUGGCUUGUGCAUAGCGAAAACGCUGAACCUGCAAGCACAGGUGAUCCCGCUGCGUCCCUUCCUACCCCUUCUGGGACUCCUGUUCGAGAAUCGCGACCAGAUUUUGGAGGCGAGCGACCAACAGAGGCGGCGACUCCUGCAGUCGGCGUACCGCCGGAGCCAACGCCAUCACUAAUGCAACAUAUUGAUCACCGCUACGCACUACAUCUGCUGAUGUAUUUUACGCACUGGAUCAGGCUGUAUCUUGAGGACGAUAACAGUGCUACGCACCUGAUCACUGCGAGCCAUGCGCGGUGGAUAUUCGUGCUGCUUUCGCGCGUUGAAGACUUUGUAUACGCGGAAGACACCGCACAUUUGCGUGACCUUGUCCGAGCUUGCCUCUCGUUGAUCCAGAAGCGCAAGCGCCAACUCGACGAUGCAUCGCCUGAAUCCAUCACCAUGGAUGAGACAUCAUGUUGGAUAGUCAUCACUGCCAUUACUGGAGUCUGGGGGCAGAGAGAUUUGUGGAUGGAUGCUGAAGCUGCGCUGCGGGAAGUACAGUCAUGAUUCACACCAUGAGGCAUGUAUGUGCAUUCUUGUAACGAACUCGUAUCUUAACGCUUGUGAACUA